AUGGAUGAUGAUGAUUUAUGUGUUGGAAGUGUUAUAGCUAAUCGAACAAAACAAGAAAUGAAAGAUAUGAUUGGCAUGUUUAUUAAUCUUGUACUAUAUCGAAUGAAAAUGGAAGCAAAUAAUUCAUUUGAAUAUCUGAUACGAAAAAUACAACAAUUAAGUAGUGAUGUUAUAGAACAUUCUUGUUUACCUUAUCAACAUAUUAUUAAUUCACAAGAUCAACAAAAUCAUCAAGUAUUACCUUCAACAUUAUUUCAAUAUGAAUCUUUAGUAUCAUCAGUGACAGCAAAGAAUAAUAUUGAAUCGAGUACUAUUGAAGGAAAUUAUGUUCUUGCUGUUUAUUUUGGUCGAGAUCGAUCACAUGGUAAUGGUGUUACAGCACUUGAUCUUACUUUUACAAUAUCACAUGAUUAUCAUGCAAGAACUACAGAAUGUUUUCUUGAUUGUUCAAUUGAUAUAUUUCAAACUCAAAAUAAUGUUGAUUUACUUGCAAAUCGUUUUCAACAUAUGCUCAAACAACUUUUCUCUUCUUCUUCUUCAGUCAUUCAUGAACUAAUCUAUAAAUUAUCAAUUGUUCUUCCAACUGAACAAGAAUUUAUUCAUCAAAUGAAUAAUACAGAUAUAUCUACAUCUUAUUCAUGGUUAAAUACUAUCCAUGAAUGUUUUAUUCAACAAGUUCAAUUGUAUUCACAAAAAUUAGCACUUGAAUAUUGUUUAAUACGGCGGAAGGCAAGGGGAAACCACCGCUGUACACUCCCAAGCACAAUAUGA